GAAAACCCGAAGUGAGUUGUGUGAGAAGUCGCAGGUUUUCAUCACAAGAAGGGACAAGAUGCAGACGCCAGCGGAGUCCAUCCUCCACAGCGGGUACUUCCACCCGACGCUGCGGUGCUGGCAGACCUGCGCCGCCGAUCUGAGACCCGACAAUCUCAUCUACCCCAUCUUCAUCACAGACAGUGCUGACGCGGUGGAGCCCAUCAACAGCCUGCCGGGACAGGCCAGAUAUGGGGUGAACAAGCUGGAGGCGCUGCUACAGCCGCUGGUGGAGAACGGAUUGAAAUGUGUGCUGGUGUUCGGUGUUCCGGCAAAAAUAGCAAAGGACGAGCGAGGUUCCGGCGCCGACACGGACGACACGCCGGCCGUUCUGGCCGUGAAGAAGAUCCGGUCUCUGUUCCCGGAGCUGCUGGUGGCGUGUGACGUCUGCCUGUGUCCCUACACGUCUCAUGGACACUGCGGAAUCCUGAAUGACGACGGCACUCUGAACAACGACGCCAGCUGCCUGCGGUUGGGAGAAGUGGCCGUGGCGUACGCCCUCGCCGGCUGUCACAUCAUCGCCCCGUCUGAUAUGAUGGAUGGAAGAGUCCGAGCUAUAAAACAAGCGCUGCUGUCCAAUGGUUUGGGAAACAAGGUGUCCGUGCUGAGCUACAGUGCAAAGUUUGCCUCUUGUUACUACGGGCCCUUCAGAGACGCUGCUCAGUCCAAACCUGCGUUCGGGGACAGACGCUGCUACCAGCUGCCGCCCGGAGCCAGAGGACUGGCCCUCCGAGCUGUGGAGCGAGACGUGAGAGAAGGAGCCGACAUGCUGAUGGUGAAACCAGGUCUGCCUUAUCUGGACAUCGUGAGAGAAGUCAAAGACAAGUUCCCCAAUCACCCGCUGGCCGUGUACAACGUGUCGGGGGAGUACGCCAUGAUGUGGCACGGAGCGCAGGCCGGCGCCUUCGACCUGCGGGCCGCCGUGAUGGAGGCCAUGACCUCCUUCCGCCGGGCAGGUGCUGACAUCAUCAUCACCUACUUCGCCCCUCAGCUGCUCACCUGGCUGAAGCAGUGAAGGUCGAGGAUCUGACGCCAAACAACCAUCGGACAGAUUCAUUUUUUUAAAACUACAAACCAGAUGUUAAUAAAGAGCACUAAGGGAAAUGAAUGAAUGUAUGAAGCCGAGCUGCUUCUUCAGCUUCAGGCCUCGAGGAUUCUUAUUUUUGUUAGAUACGGAUAAAAAGGAAAAAUUACAGUAGCUUUAUUUCUAAUCAUAUUUUUAGGGUUAAGAGCUAAAACACUGAGAAGUUUCCACGUUCUUGUUCUUGUUCUCCUGUGUGUCACUGGGAUCAGCUUCACAUGAACUGAGCCGACUCCCUGAACUAAUGUGAUGAUAAUCAAACUUCUCUUUUGUGAGGCCACACAAACUUCUGAUGUGUGAACGUGUGUCUCUUCUCCAAACAAGCUUCUAUUGAUGAGGGAAAUAAAUAAAUAAAUAAGUAUCAUUCCCA